AUGAGUUUAUGUGUUUCCAAAAUAUUCUACACCGUGCUGCUUCCGGGCCACCACCUGGCAGUGCUCCCGUACGCGCCCUCCUUCCUCUCGUUCGACGAGAACGCCACGCGGUUCGUGAACCAAGGAGGCCUCGGCAACCACGCCUCUUCGGUGCUGAGCCAACUGUUCGACUGCACUGGCCAUGGCUGCUCGACGUACUUGCUGGACGAGAGCUUCUUCUCCCGCCAGGCACGUUUCUUUUUGUGUUUUAACGGUAUUUCACGAAAAGACAAAUCGGCCGCACCAGCGCAAGACGAAACGAGCAUUGGAAAAGCUCCGGAUUCCAGCCGGCGUUUGUGUAAGGGCCUAAACACUACCGGCCAUGGGCGGAACCCGACGUCGACGGACGACUUCCCCGUGGCUCAUGGUAGGAACAGUGGGGCGACGAACGGCCGGGCCAAGUUCCGCUUCCCAAGUGACAAGGCAUCUGUCGGGCGAAGACGACGCUGGCCUUUCGUGUGUCAUCACCGGGCUAAGGGUCUGGGCAACAUUGUGGCCUACUGUACGAGCCAGGCCGGCAAGGACACUCCCGUGGCUCGUGGUUCGAACAAGCCUGGGACAGACAGCCGGGUCAAGGACGACUUCCCCGUGGUUCAUGGUUCGAACAGCGGGGGGACCAACAGCGGGGCCAAGUUCCGUUUCCCAGGUGACAAGGACUUUCCCAUGGCUCAUGAAGCAAACAACGGGGAGACGGACUGCCUGGCCAGUUUCCCGCUUCUCAGCAUACAAGCCUUGAAGACGCUGAUCAUACUUGUUCACCCCGUUGGACUUCAUUGUCUCCGGACGUACAAGUUAACAGUGAAUGUGCCACCACUGGAAGUAGCAAGGGCCAUAAUCCUCACAAGGAAGACUGACAAAAGGGAGAUGAUUGGUGCGCAACCUGCCCACGUCAAACCAUGAGCUCAACGGCGAUCAUCAUAAUGACAACAGGUCUUCUUGAACUAUGUGCCUCACCAUGAAAUGUUUGCAAGCUUACGGGAUAGAGGGGUGGGAGCCCUAUGAGGAAAGCAGCAGUCUACAGUUUUGCAUAGUACU